AAGAAGGUGGUGGAGAUAGAAUAUUUGAAGAUGUUGAGGGUGUAGACAGAAUAUUUAAAGAUAUAGAAAGUGUAGGCAGAACAAUUGAAAAUAUAGAGAAAGAGUCAGAAGCAGAAACCUCAACUAAGGCAAUUUUCAAACAUUUGCUCUUUUUAUUAAAGCAUGCUGGAUGA